CUCCAGCUGACGAUUUUCAUCAGACUGGACCCAUUACAAGAGUUCGCCUUGGUGGAAAUGCAAUCCUGCGGUGCUUUUUCUCCAAAGAUCUUGGAACAAUGCGUUUCUAUUGGUUCAAGCAAAAAUUGGGAGGCAAACCCUCACUCAUUGUACAGGCUCAAAAAAGUAUAGACUCGGAAUUUUCUGAAGGUUUUGAAGAUGGAAGGUUUAAAUUGGAUACAGGAGCGGGACACUUUCAUCUGAGCUUCACGAAUGCAAGUCGCUCUGAUGAGGGAAUGUACUUCUGUGGUGUGAGAAAAUCUUAUGAGGUGCUGUUUGCUAAUGGAACAUUUUUAGCAGUUGAAGAAGAGCCUAUGUCUGCUGCUACCACUGUGUCCCAAACCCCAAUAUCAGACCCCGUCUAUCUCGGAGGCUCUGUGACUCUACAGUGCACAGUGCUGACUGAAAAACAGUCAGAGGAGCUCCAAGUUCUUUGGUUCAGAAGAUCUUCUGGAGAUUCACUCCCAGGACUAAUUUAUUUUGCUCCACACACAUUCAGUCAGUAUAAGAAUGAGUGUGUCUAUCAUCUCCAAAAGACCAACCUUACUCUCAAUGACAGUGGAAUGUACUAUUGUGUGGUGGACAUAUGUGGAAAACUCAUCUUUGGAAAUGGAACAAAGUUGGAAUUUGAGCCCGCACUAGAUUCUGUGGUGAUUGUUGUGGGAAGUGCACUGCUUCUAUGUAUCUGCAUAAUAAUGUGUCUGAUCUGGCUUAACUGCAAUGGAAAAGAGUGUCAACACUGCAAAGCAGGCAAACAGGCGGGAACUCCAGCUGACUACUUACAGACACAGAGUGAUGGUACAGAUGUUACCCGAGUCAACUACGCAGCAUUGCACUUCUCUGAGAGGAAGCCAAAAUCAAGAAGAAAAAGGGAGGCAGAUGAAUGUGUGUAUUCUGAUGUUCAACAGAAUAUGUAACAAGUGUUUGAUAGUA